AGUCCCAUUGAUGAGCCGAGGAGUAGAGUUAUGGAGAGGAUUUCAAGCUGACUACAGUAGUUUAACCACCGGUAAACUUUAUUGAUUGAUCUAUAAACCGCAGUUGUAAAUCCCGUGAGAAACGCGGAUGCUAAACGUUACGUUAUACAGAUUUAGUAAAUAAACUGUCUCCCUGACUUUGUCGUUACGGUCAUCCUUGCUGUGACACUACCCUAAGAGCAAGGAUGCCACCAAAAAGGCGAAAAAGUGCAAGAAGCAGCGCAGGUAGUGAAGGGAGAGGUAAAGGUACAGAUAAAGGUCACCCUGAAGAUAUCUUCCCUCUGGUCCUGACAUCAACCACCCAGGAGCUCUUUGGCUGUAUUGCCGAUCAGGACGUCACAGGGGAGAGCCCUUACAAGCUGCUGCAAAAAGACGACAUCAUACAGGACAUUAAGAGAAGAGCCACAGUGUCAGAUUUCAGCCCUGUGAAGAAGAUUGUGCUGGGCUACCCAGAGGAUGAGGUCCUUCUGGUUUAUGACAGGGACUUCACCUACAAUCGGGCUUUCUACCUGGUUCUGACACCAGAAGCCAAGGACAGAAUCCUCAAUCCCCCUGAGCCUGAGACCCCAGAAGUCUUUGAGACUGAAGUCAGUAAAACCCCAAGACCAAAGCAUUGGAUAUCUCUUGGCAGCGAGCAGGAAAUAGAAGAAAAAUCUGUAAAAGAGACCAUAAAAAAGCUGUGUUACAAGUUCUCCAGAGUGCGAAGGAAGUUUGGGGCACCGGUCUGUUUUUCCGACCGCAACACUGCAGAUGCUAAGGAUGGCUUCCUAGAGUGUGUUUCCUAUCAAGACAGCAGAUUCAGCAUCAAGCAGAUGCAGAGGGACUGCGGGGUGCAGGCUGUUCCCAGACUGCGGAGCAGCAGUGCUCAGACACAAUGGAAGUUUCAGAGGAAUAUCUUUACCCAGUACGUGCCAAGGGAGUUAAGCGACAAAGAAAAAGAGAACAUCCUCCAAUCUGAGAGUCUGAAGAAUUUUUGCAACUCAGUGACCCCCAGGGUUUUGCACGCCCUUCAGCAGCAAGAGAUCAUGAAUGUGUUCUCUGAUGACUGGAAAGAUCUGGGGACAGGUGCUGAAGGCAGUGAUUGGCCUGGGAAGGUUUACCAAGAUUUGAUGCUUUUUCAGGCCUUCACGGACCACAAGUACACUAAGGACAGGAAAAUCAACAGCAUUCACUGGCAUCCUACCAUCAACGGUGUGAUAGCCGUGGCUUUGACAGGAAAAAAGGGGGAGCAAUUGAUCGAUUCCACAACAGCUGUCACCAGACCUUCUCUCAUUCUCUUCUAUAGCUUUUCUGACCCCUCUAAUCCUCAGUUGCUGCUGGAGUGCCCGGUUGACAUUUCUGCCUUUGAGUUCUGCCCCUCUGAUCCAAAUAUUAUUGUUGGCGGCUGCGUGAAAGGCCAGGUUGUGUUGUGGGACAUUUCUGCUCACGUCACACACGUACAGGGAGCACAGCCUAGUGCUACAAAGGUCCCUGUCAACACUGACACAUUCGGCAUCGUUGACCACAAAGAGACUAAGACUCCUGUCGUGCAACACUGUGCGAUGUCUUCCUCAGAGGGCUGCCACAAAGGACCAAUUACUGAUGUCCAGUGGCUGCCACCAACAUUUGAGGUGACCAGGACAGGAUUACCAGUGGAGAACAAGAAUAAAAUUUCUGUUCAAGUUGUCACGUGCUCCCUUGACUGCACUCUAAUGUUCUGGGAUGUACGAGUGCAAAGACUGUUGAACCCGUCACUGUCAGGCAGGAAGCAGUCAAUGGAUCCCAAAACCAAGCCAACACCCAACAGUGUCCCUGACACUUUCAGACACCUUGACCGGACAUGGAAACCUUUGUUCAGGGUUUCCCUGCCAAAGAUCGAUACCAGUGGAGAAUACAUUCCUUUGAAGUUCAGCCUGGAGCACUACAUCUGUAAUGAUAAUAAUACAGAUGAAGCUACUGAAAAUGAAAAUGACUUGGAGGUCACCCCCGACUACAGCCAGCUAAGAAUGUCUUCAGCUAAAACACUCAGGACUCUGAAGGAUGUCAAUACCAAGCUCUAUAUUGGAACAGUGAACGGAGAGAUAGUUUACACUGACUGGAAACUGGAGAAGGAUGACUUUGGACGGCUGCUCAGUGCCAAGCCUCUCCACUGCUUCAGUAUCCACCCAAGGUCGGUGAAUUCAGUACAGCGAUCGCCCUUCUUCAAAGACAUUAUUUUGACAACAGGAGGCUGUAACUUCGCCAUCUGGAAGGAGGGAGUCAUGGAUGGCCCCAUGCUCCUGUCGUCAAGGUCUGAGCAGGAUUACACUGCGGCCUGUUGGUCCCUGUCCCGGCCAGCUGUUUUCUUCAUUGGGAAAAGGGAUGGCAGCAUUGAGGUGUGGAACCUGCUGGAAAAGACAUCUGAACCUACGCAGGUCCAAGAGCACAUCACCAAUUCCAUGAUUACCUGCAUCAAAGUCUGCAGCACCUCCUCUAAGCAGCAUUUGUUGGCUGUGAGUGACGACCAAGGACAGGUCUGUGUAUUAGAAAUCCCAAAGACACUCUACAUUCCUGCCAAGAGUGAGAGUUUGAAUGUGAAGAAAUACUUUGAGCUGGAGGAAGACAAUAUGAAGGUUGUUUUGAAGGAGGAAGAACUGUGUGGAAAACAGAAGAAGGAGGCGGAGGGACUGAAGAAGAGGACGGAGCCUGACAAGCCAACAGUCAAGUCCCUGGAUUUGAGCAAAGAGGAGUACAUGACGGAAUACGGUGAUUUCCCAUCGCUGAAUGAACACAACCUCAAGAACAUCGGCCUGUGGGUCGCUACAGCCGACACACCUGAUACCUGAUAUUACACACAUAAAUGGUAUUUAAUGUAAAACAUAAAACAGGUUUUGUUUUUCUAGAUUUUUUUUAAAAUAAAUCUGGUACUCUCAA